AUGCUCCUAAGCAUCUUGAGCAGCACCCGGGCUCUUUCGGGGAACAGUCGCGCUCUGGGCAGCGCGCUCAUCCUACAUGCGCUGCGCGCAGGGGCAAGCCGUACCUACAGGCGAAGGUCUCGAGGCUCAUAUUACACAGAGAAGUACGUGAUGCCGCUCACGCCCCCGACGCCGCUACGUGAGAUGGACGUAGAUCGCACGCACGCGCAAUUCAAUAACAUAUCGAUGGAGUAUGAGCGCCUGCAGGAAGAGAGUGGGAUACUUGACGCUGCGAUUAAGCGUCUUGAGGACGAGUGCGCUGCGGCGCAGGAGGAGCUGGACAAGUUCAGUCGUGAAGCGGAGGAGCGGCUGGCGCAGAAGGAGGAGAGGUUGGCGGAGGCGGCGAAGCAUCGUAGAAAGUCGGUGGUGAAGGUGGAGGAGAGGGCAGCUGCUUCGCGGGACCGGAAGACAAAGACAGCGCUGAGGAAGCAGAAGCAGAUGGUAGAGGCUGAGCUUCGGAGGACGCGCAAGAAAGCGGCGAAGCUGGCGGAGAAGGUCGGCAAACAACUGGAGAAAAUCGAGAAGCGGCUGGCUGCUACGAGAAGAAAGGUGAAUGAGCAGGAUAAGGCGGUGGAGGAGCGGAGAAAGUGGAUGAGAAUGUCACGCCCACGCGCACCGCCUAGAAAUCCGUUUUCCAACUAUCUCCAUGAACAGUCUGAGCCGCCAGCAAUAGACGUCGUUCAAAGAUGGCACGAGUUGUCCAUGGAAGAGAAAGAGCAAUACCGCAACGACCCCAUGGUCUUUCCAUUACACAGAAAAGCGAUGCGCGCCUGGUACAAGUCUCUCACCGUCGCAGAGAGGAGAACCCAUAGACAGAAUGUUGCACGUAAAGGCAGUAAAGGCACCAUCAAGCCCCAGAGCGUUUUUCUUCGAGAGAUAUGCCCAACUCUCAAACCCGAUCCCCAAACUGGCCGUUCUUCCGUCUUUAUCCAGGCGAGUAAACUAUGGAAGGAGCUGAGCGCAGAAGAGAAAGCGCGAUACGCUGCCAUAGCCAAAACAGAAAGCGAGGCAAGACGGGCAGCCAUUCUCGCGGCGGAGGCAAAAGGCGCUAAUUCAAACUGA